UUUAUUUCCAUUUUCGGUUAGCCUUUUCCCGGUACCAAAAAAGGCGAAACCCCAUUUGAUCUAGGGUUUCAAAGUCGCCUUUCUCUCUCCCGUCUCCGAUCGGUUGAUUCGGAUUGAAACCAGAGCUCGCGUCCCUUCCAAUCUCACGCAUGAACACCUUCGCAAAGACCCUUACUAACAAGGCCGUCACUUGGGUAACCGACAUGCUGAUUCGCGGCAGGUAUGAACUAUGGAUAAGAAAGUAUGGACGCACGUACGUAGAUGCUGCCGAGAAGGAGCAGCGGUUCGCAAAUUUCAAGGAAAAGUUUGAGUUUGUUAGAAAGCAUAACCGAGAAAGAACUUAUGGAUGCACGCUAGGGCUCAACGAGUUUUCUGAUAUGUCAUGGGAAGAGUUUGAAAACACUUAUUGUAUGAAGGGUUUCAUGAACCAUUUGACGGCUGAGGACCUUGAAAUGAUUAACAAUGCUGGAUGUGAAAUGCCAACACCCCAGGCAGCUGCGGGUGCUUGGAGGACAAAAGGGCGUUCUCAACAAGGCAGCCCCCCCAAAGGCGCUCGAAGGGAUGCUAAGAGGAGGCUGGAUGAGCUUCGUGGUGCUGCUUGUAAUGUGAAGAUGAGUUAGGCAUAUCUCUAUUGGCAAGCAAAGACUGCUCUAUUUUGUUAUUAGGUUGGCACAGUCAUGGCGUGUGCUAAGCUUAUGUUAUAACUUAUUAUGUACCCCGUCCUGAGACUCUAAUUACUGCUUAUUGUAUGAAGGCUAUUUUGUUUCGUUGCCUACUAAUACUAGUUUCUAAACUUGGGUACUAU